AUGAAGGACGUAACCUCCCAGGAGGCGGCGGCCGCCACCGCGGCCGAGCGCAACAUGAGCUUCAUCCAAUCCUUCAAGCUCUACAAGAAGGCCUGUCUGUGGUCCAUCUUCCUCUCCACCUGCAUCGUCAUGGAGGGGUUCGACGUCGUCCUCCUCAGCAACCUGUUCGCCUACCCGCCCUUCCAGCGAAAGUUUGGCGAGCGGCUGCCCGACGGCACCUACGAGCUCACGCCGGCCUGGCAGUCCGGCCUCUCCAACGGCGCGCUCGUCGGUGAGAUCCUCGGCCUCUUCGUCAACGGUAUCAUCGCCGACCGGUUCGGCUACCGCAAGACCCUCAUCGGCUCCCUCUUCGCCUGCAUCUGCUUCAUCUUCAUCAUCUUCUUCUCCGAGACGCUCGUCCAGCUCCUCAUCGGCGAGAUCCUCAUGGGCAUCCCCUGGGGUGUCUUCCAGACCCUGACCACGACCUACGCCGCCGAGGUCUGCCCGACUCACCUCCGCGCCUACCUCACGACCUACGUCAACCUCUGCUGGGUCAUGGGCCAGCUCCUCGCCUCCGGCGUCCUCCGCGCCAUGCUUACCCGCGACGACCAGUGGGGCUACAAGAUCCCCUUUGCCCUCCAGUGGUUCUGGCCGGUGCCCCUCAUCAUCGGCAUCUACCUCGCGCCCGAGUCCCCCUGGUGGCUCGUCCGGCGCGAACGCAUCGCCGACGCCAAGAAGUCGCUCGCCCGCCUGACGACCCGCAACACCGGCCUCGACUUCAAGCCGGACGAGACCGUCGCCAUGAUGGUGCACACCAACAAGAUGGAGAAGGAUCUCCAGGCCGGCACCUCCUACCUCGAUCUCUUCAAGGGCGUCAACCUCCGCCGAACCGAGAUCGUCUGCGGCACUUGGAUCAUCCAGAACCUCUGCGGCUCCUCCUUCAUGGGCUUCUCCACAUACUUCUACAAGCAGGCCGGCAUGGCGACCGAGAACUCGUUCAACAUGACGCUCGCCGGCUACGCCCUCGGCGCCGUCGGCACCAUCCUCUCCUGGUUCCUCAUGGGCCGCUUCGGACGUCGGACCCUCUACUUUGGCGGCCAGGUCGCCAUGUUCACCCUCCUGCUGAGCAUCGGCUUCGCUUCUUUCGCCGGCCGCGAGAACGUUGCCGCCCAGUGGGCCAUCGGUUCCAUGCUCCUCGUCUACACCUUCACCUACGACGCCACCGUCGGUCCCGUCUGCUACUCCCUCGUCUCCGAGCUCACGUCGACCCGUCUCCGCACCAAGUCGGUCGUCCUCGCCCGCAACCUCUACAACCUGGUCGGCAUCGUCGCCAACGUCAUCACCCCGCUCAUGCUGAACCCCUCGGCCUGGAACUGGGGUGCCAAGUCCGGCUUCUUCUGGGCCGCCUCCUGCGGCCUCUGCGCCACCUGGACCUACUUCCGCCUGCCCGAGCCCAAGGGCCGCACCUUUGGCGAGCUUGACAUCCUGUUCGAGAACCACAUCAGCGCCCGCAAGUUCAAGUCGACCUCGGUCGACCAGCUCAGCGUCCCGGGCCACCACGGCGUCGAGAUGGACACGAUAUCGCUCGACAAGGAGAACGGCAAGCGGUUCGAGGAGGUCAUGGUCGAGCGCGUCGACAGCCGAAGACGCUAA